CACAGUUGCCACCGCGCUGAUGGAGAGGCUGGGCACUAUCCUCCCCGAUGGACAACAGGGCAAACUAAUCGCCCAAGCCUAUGACGGUGCAGCGGUGAUGAGGGGAGCUAAAGGUGGAGUUCAGCGGAAAGUGAAGGAUGUGUACAGUAGUGCGCACUACAUCCACUGCUAUGCGCAUCAGCUGAACCUAAUUAUGCAGCAGGCAACAUCCCACAUCCCCAAGAUAAGAACAUUUUUUUCAGACCUUGGUGGAUUUGCUGCAUUUUUCUCCAGGUCAUUCAAGCGAACUGCGAUCCUGGAUCAAGUGGUGGCACACAGACUUCCUGGCACUUCCACAACAAGAUGGAACUUUCACAGUCGUGCUGUUAACACUGUAUAUGAGCACAAGGAGAACAUCCUGAGGUGUUUCCAGACGAUCAGAGACUCAGGUGACUUUGAUCCCAUAACAGUGAGAGAAGCCGGGGGCUUUGUGCGAAUGAUGGAAGAUGAAGUUUUUUGCUUUUUCCUGACAUUGUUCCACAAGAUCAUGCCACAUGUAGACAUGCUGUUUAGCCAACUGCAGAAGAGGAACAUCGACUCUGUCUACAUCACAGGACUCAUCAAGAGGUUCACCAGCAGCAUACAAACAAUCAGGGACUCCAUUCCUUCUGGUGAAAGCAGUGGAUCUCAGCAGCUGCCCACAAAGAAACGGAGGGGACUUGGACAUGAAGAGCAACAGCUGUUGGCUAGAGAGGUAUGUGAUACCAUACUGAGUCACGCAAAGGAGAGAUUUUCCUUCACCAAACACCUCAUCAGCUCCACCCUCCUGCAAGGAGACCUGUUCCAGCAGCACAGCCGAACAUUCCCUGAAGCAGCGCUGGAAACAACUGUGGAGGCCUACCCUCUACUGGACAAGGCAAAGCUCAAGACGGAACUGUCCCUCGUCUAUGACAAUGACCAGUUCAGGGCUUGCAGUGGUGCUGUUACUCUGCUCCAGUUCUUCCUUGACAAUAAUCUGCAGGAGACAUUUACAGAGACUGUCAGUCUUCUGAAGGUUCUUGUAACCACACCCAUGGCUACGGCUGAGGCAGAGAGGUGCUUUUCCACUCUGAAAAGGAUAAAGACUUUCUUGAGGAACAGCAUGACACAGGAUCGCCUGAAUGCUCUGGCUAUGCUGUCAAUUGAGAAAAAACUCAUUAGGAGCAUUCCUGACUUCAACACCAGAGUCAUUGAGAGGUUUGCCACUCAGAAGGAGAGAAGGGCAAAAUUCCUCUACAAAUAGACACACACACACACACACACAC